AUGGAAGAAAUUCGAUCUUACACCCUCACUGAUAAUGUUACAGGAGAUGUUGAUUAUUAUAAAAAAUGCAUUGAAUUGCAAAAAGAAAAUAACGAAUAUAAGAAUAUAAUAGAAAUCAUAGAAUAUGAAACAACUAAAUCAAAAGAAAAUGAAAAAAAAUUACAAGAAGAGUUAUCCGGUGAAAAACAAAAAUCUGAUUAUCUAAAUAAUUCUUAUAAACAAUUAACCAAGGAAAAUUCUGAUUUGCAAAAAAUAAAUGAGGAAAUCAAGAAUAUAAUGGAAGUAACAAAAUAUGAAAAAAACGAAUCAAUAGAAAAUGGAGCAAAAUUACAAGAAGAAUUAUCCAUCAUAAAACAAAAAUUUAAUCAUCUAUAUGAAGCUUACGAACAAUUAUCUAAACAAAAUGCAGAAGAUAGAAGGAUUGAUGAAAUUGAUGAAGUUGCUAUGGGUAAUAAUAAUAAAAAAAAAAUUAUCAAGAUUAAAGAUCUAAAAAACUUGAACAGAGAGCUAGUAAAUAAAAAUAGGAAAUUGAUGAAAGAGGCUUCAUAUCAAACAAUUUUAGGAGAUGGAUUAAAGUUCCGCAUAAGUGACGAUCAUGAAGAUAAUUCAGCUCAUCUUGCAACUGAUGUGAUUACAGUACUACAACGUUAUAUUCUGGAACAAGUUUUGAAAUGGGCAGAUGAUUAUUUUGAAGUUAAAGAACAUGAUGAUUUAGAUCAUCCUUCUAAUCAAGAAAAAUAUAUCGUAAACCAUACAAAUCAAUUAUUGGAUUUUCUUAAUAACCAAUUUUAUCCUACUAAUUUCAUACAAGAUAAUAGUAGUAUGGUGAUUAAAGACAUUCCAACAAAAAUACGACAGUUUACAUAUCUCGCAUUAACUGAACUUGGAUUCUCUGGAACUGAACAAGAACAUUCAUUUAUAUCACGCACAGCAAAAAAACUUAAUCGACUAAUGACCAGAUAUCGUGUUAUCAAAGAUGAAAAUAAAAGAAAGAAUGUAGAAGACAUGGCAGAAGGUCUUGUCAAAGAAAUUGUCAGGAUAUUUAAAUUCUUAUUAUUAGUUCAAGAACCUAAAUGCAAAGUACAUUGGUUUACGAACAAUGCAAAGCUAGAUUUUAGAUUUAUGAAAGUUUUAUCAUGGGAUGAUGGGAAUGUGGAUGAUUAUGUUAUGGAGAUUUGUUUUUUUCCCUUUAUAGGAAUAAUGGAUUCGGAUGGCAAUCCUAGUAAAUUGAUUACUCAUGCAAGAGUCUAUCCUCGAAAUAUUACAAACCCUCAAGAAACACAAGAUAUGUCGAAGAAUAUAUCAUCAGCAGUAUCAGAAAACUUGCUUCAAUCUGAAAAUCUACAAGAUGCAGAAUGA